AUGAACCUCGGAAUGUUUGCACAACUUGCUGCGCUCCUGGCUCUAUCUCCCGUCAUCAUAGGAACGCCAUCCUACCUCAGAUCUCCGGGAGUGAACGUUCCAACCGUCAUUCCAACACCAGAGAACCCAGACAUGACACCAAUCCUGCAGGCCCUCCAAGCACAAGGUCUCAACGCAACAUUCGGUAGGGUCAGAACAUCCGAUGCUUCCUCCACCAUUGAGAAUACCGAGAGACGCUCCCACAGCCUAGAAAAGCGAGUGAUACCAACCUGCAUCACUUUCGGCUCAACACCCUACCAAGACGACUGCAACUACGCCAAGAAACUAGUCAUCAACACAGCUAUGAACUACGAUCUGGCGCCAUACGGGUGUCAGCGCUCCAGGACCAUAGGCUCAGAGAACGACAAUUCUUCGUAG